AUGGUUUCGAGUAGUCCGCCACGUACGCCAACAAAAUCGUAUUCCACGCUCAAUCGCUUGGUAUCCAAAGUCAAGGCUCUCGAUAGUGUGCUCUAUUUGCACUUUGCGAGCUCGGUCGCUAGUCCCCAGCUACUGAAAGUUCUCGAGCAGGCAUCGACGUUGCUGGCGACGCCGAUCGUGGUGGAAGACAUCGAGCAGAUCCUAGCGAUCGCGCCGAUUUACCAGCUCGUGCGGACACAGGAUGGAGUAAGGGUCAAGUUCACCAGUUUCGCUGAGGAUAGAGUUGCGAUUAUCACCCUGCAAUUCAACAAGCGCAGCUCUUUAGAGGCAACAACACCACUAUCAUUGAGGUCCGCAUCGCCAAGGAAAAUCACCAAGCCACGGUCAUCCAGCUCCUCGCCGACAAAACGGCAGAGCUUCGCCAGCUUGAAGAACACAAGGUCAAGAUUCGAAUACUCCGAGAAGGACGCGCAGGUGGAAAGCACCAAAAACAGCGGCUUAUCGUUGCUUGAACGCAUCAAAUUGAAAGAGAAAUUAGCCAACGAGGGUCCCCCCAUCACGCCCGAAAUGAAAUAUACCGAGUAUCUUUGGGGCAAAGUUGGUCAAGUCUACGAUGUCAUCAACCAGCUCUAUCGAGAGCAAAACUUUGAAAAUUUCAAAAGUUUCUCUAUGACGCACGUGGUGAAGGUCGUUCAGGAUAGUAUUGAUCACCCGAUUAAUGAACGGGAGGUGAAUGAUGUCGUUAGGCUUAUCACUUUGAAGUUGCACAAGUUUAGCUUGGUUGAACGGCAGAGCGUUCUUAUUUUAAAAGUGUCGAAUUUGGAUCGAGAGGAAGAUCUACGGCUAUUGAAAACACUACAGUGCUCCUUGUAA